AAUGCUUCGACAUCGGCUCUUGCACAAGCCCAAAAGAUUGUGGCGGAAGCAGUCCGUCAGCAAGGCGAGUACAAUACCUAUCGUGUCGCAAAUCCAAGACUCAACAAGUAUUAUGCCAGUAACUCGGCAGAAGCUAGAGCCUACAGAAAGCAAAAGCGGGACACAGAGCCACUUCCACCAACGCUUAACGCUACCAUCCGAGCUGCUGCAGCUUUGCUUGCCGAGGAUGAUGCUGCGGCCAAGGCUGCAAAUGGCACUCUCAAUCGUGUCUACCCAAAACCGACUUUCGAUAGCAAUUCUGAUUCUGAGGACACGAAACGCGCUACCUCAAGCUACUAGGUUGCCAAUAUAGAGCAUAAUGGUUUAGCUCCGAUGGGAGUCAAUGCCUCAUGGCUGGUUUAUCGUGACGUUACCAAUCCCAUGUUUGCUGGGGGUGCCAAAGGUGAUGGAAAAACGGACGAUACUGCUGCCAUCAAUGCUGCUAUCGCGUACGGCGGGAACUGCGGGUCGAACUGCUUGUCGUCUUCGGUGAAAGGAACAUUCAUAUUUUUCCCUCCAGGCACCUACCUUGUUUCAACGCCUAUUGAAGCUUACUACUACUCGCAAAUCGUGGGAGAUGCACUUUCGCCGCCCACCCUCAAAGCUUCUGCUAACUUCGUCGGCCUUGGAGUUAUCGAAAGUGAUGUUUACAUCCCCAUUGACAAUGGAGACGAAUGGUACAUAAAUCAAUCAAAUUUCUAUCGCCAAGUUCGUAACAUGAACAUCGACAUUAUAGACACCACUACUGCUAGUGUGGCGGGCGUUCACUGGCAAGUCGCUCAGGCAACCUCUAUUACGAACUGUCGUGUCUAUGCCCCAACGACGGCUGGUACGACCGCGAUGGGCAUGUUCACAGAGAAUGGAAGCUCGGGGUCUAUGAGUGACUGUUUCUUUUUUGGUGGUCAAUACGGAAUAUAUGGUGGCAACCAACAGUACACCGUUAGGAACUUUGAACAAAGUUCACAAACCACGGCUAGUAUUUGUUUGAUCUGGGAUUGGGGUUGGACAUGGUCCCAGCUUGUGAUCACAAACUCUCCCAUUGGUAUCAAAUUGAUCAAUCCACAGGAUACCACAGGUCAGCAAGCAGGAUCAAUAUAUGUCCUCGACAGCUUAUUUGAAAAUGUUGAAACUGCAAUUUUCGCCAAUCAACUACCAGCAGCAGUACUCGAAUCUAGCGUCAUCACGCUGGACAACAUUGGUGUUCUCAAUGUUGGAUCUAUGAUCGGCUUUGUCGAUGGGAAUGUUCUUGACAUUGAUCCAAUUGAUCUCAAUUUCCUUAUCAUCGGCAAUAUACAAGACACCGGCUCAUAUUAUGGAAUGUACUACUUCAACGCCAAUACACCAGAUCCAAGCAUGCUUGAUAGCUCAACGUCCGGUUACUUUCGUCAACAAUACUUCUCAAAAAGUCGACCGCAGUAUGAAAGCCUGACUACUGCUGAUAUUAUCAAUGUCAAGGAUCGCGGUGUCAAGGGAGAUGGGUCUACUGAUGAUACGGCGGCAAUUCAGGCAGUACUUGCAAUGGCUACGACCGACAACUUGAUUUAUUUCCCAGCUGGGUCUUACAUCAUCACGAGCACUCUGAUACUCCAAUCCGGAUCUCGAAUCACUGGUCAAGUCUGGUCUCAACUUGUUGCUUCCGGCACCUACUUCGCCGACAUGACCAAACCUCAGGUGAUGCUGAAGGUUGGAAAUUAUGGAGACGUAGGAACUGUCGAAAUUUCCGACAUGCUCUUCACUUCGAAGGGAGCGCUUCCUGGUCUAGUGAUGGUAGAGUGGAAUAUGGCAGCCGACAGCCAAGGAUCUGUCGGCUUAUGGGACUCUCACUUCAGAGUAGGUGGUGCUUUUGGAACGGAGCUUCAAGUCGCCCAAUGCCCAAAGACAAUCCCUCAGAUUCAGACCGGGUGCAUAGCUGCUACGAUGAUGUUGCACCUUACGAGCAGCUCGAACGGUUAUUUUGAGAAUAUGUGGGCAUGGGCUGCAGAUCAUGAUCUUGAUGACCCAACCAACACUAUGGUCUCGGUCGGUGUGGCUCGAGGUAUACUUGUUGAAUCACAAGGUCCGACGUGGAUGCUUGGUACUGCCAGCGAGCAUUCCAUUCUUUACCAAUACAACUUCUACGGCACCACCAAUACACUUGCAGGUAUGAUCCAAACAGAGUCGCCUUAUUAUCAGUACGCUGCAGCUACGGAAUCACCUGGCCCGUUCAACGCUUCUGUCGGUCUCUUCUCGAAUGAUCCAGUUUUUCCAGAUGCUAGCUGUGAUGCAUCGAGUCUACUAUGUAGCUUUUCGUGGGCCGUGGUGAUUGAAGCGACUACAAAUCUUUCGAUCCCUGGUGCUGGUCUCUAUUCUUGGUUUGACAACUAUGAUCAAUCGGUCUGUGUGGAUGCACAGAAUUGCCAGCAACGCCUUGUAAAUAACCAAGGGUCGAACGAUCAAUUAUUGAUCUGGAACCUUGUAACAAUUGGUGCUGUCGAGAUGCUUUCCGACACAAACACUGACACCAUCAUAUAUGCCAAAAACAACACUCAGGCAAACAUUCAUCCGUUUUGGAGUGUACUCGGGGCUUACGCCGAUGACUUUGCAACCGAGCCCUCAACCUGCGCGGAUAACGACACCUCCGCCGCAUGCGACACCGCUGAAACUUGCGACUUCACGCUUGAAUUCGACACUCUUGAUGAACUUUCAGCAGCGACAGGCACAUUCCCCCAGAUCUGCACUGAGUACUAUGCACUCGGAACACUUGGAUUCUUGUUAGAUGCAGCCAUAGACAACUACACAGCAGCAGAUGAUGGCUACGAUGGCGUGUUUGGUGACUAUGUUACAUUCACCAAACAAAUGAUUCCUACUGCGCUUCAGACGUUCAUGGGUCCUCCGAAUUCAUCCAGUCCAGCAGGAGGACCUGGAAAUAAGUAUUUCACUUGUGAGCUGAGCGAAGGAGGUGUUGUCAAAAUACCCAACCAACCGUGUCCGGUAUGUAUUCUCUCACUCCAAUAUGACUUCUUUACCGUUUUUACUAUGACUUACACGCUAGAAAACUCAACUGGGUUCUUUGACGAACUUGCCGAUACCUACGGAAUCGAAGAAAGCUGGGUGGACUUCACCACAGUCAAAACAGUUGUCGACUGCAGUGCUGGUAGUGGACGCGCGUGCGCGCCAAUCAACAUUGCACAAGUCGGGUUUCCAACGGAUUCUGGGAACGUUACUGUCAGCAACCCAAAGGAUGUCAUCUCCGAUGCUUUACCAACAGUAGCGAAUCUUUCAGUAACAAUCAUUGCUAGGCAAUUAGAGUUGGUCACUGGAGCUUGGUAUGGUCCCACCGAUGACCUUGUCCAGGUCAUCUCCAUGCCUGUUUUCCUUAUUGUUCAAGCUAUCAGCGACAUGAAUGAAGUGAAGACUGUCGGCCAGCAAGAGGAGAAAGAGCUCAAGCAGCAACUCACGUGGGAAAUCCUCGGCAUUAUAUUUGCCUUCAUACCGUUCCUUGACGAUCUCACGCCCGAAAUUGAAGGUCUGGAUCUCGUUCUGUCAUUUGUCGACGCCGGAGCCAAUACUGCUCUGGCAAUUGCAGAUAUUGUAGCAAAUCCCAUGUCUGCGCCCAUGGAGAUAUUCGGACUUCUCACAGGAGGCGGCGUGAGAGACGAGGAUGAUUUUGCCAGUAUGGCGGCUACUCGAAAGGAGGAAGUCACCGAGGCUGACAUAGGAAAGAUUGGCACUACCUUUGAAAAGCUUGAUACAGCCCUCCAGAGCCUCAUUACAAAAGGUUGCAAAGCCUAGCUUCUUGGGUCAUAUGUUUUCUCUAGAUUUUGAAUGGUUG